AUGAACCCCCUCAUUUUCACCAACGCUUUUGCAUCACUUCACAUCGGUGUCAAAGAAUGCUUUUGCGGCAAACCGACUAUCGAAGAUCAUGAUUUCUGCUUUUGCUCUCCUGAAUGUGCUCGCGCGGAUUCCUUGCGCGCCCUAGGCGGUCAAGGUGACUGCCAUUAUCGCGACGUCAUGCAGAGAGCAUAUGCCAACUCGGAUAUUCCAAAGCAUGGGCUAUUAAGGCCUAAGUCGGCGCACCAGCUUCGCAGUGCUUCAACCUCGAGGCAUAUCUCCGUGACAGAGCAUGCUAUGCUUCAACCCGAUAGAAUGAAGCCCUUGCCCACAAUUCCAGAGUCGCGGAACGAAUCCGUUGAUGGACGACAAUCCCGUCUUCGGACCUUCAAGCGCUCCUUGCAGUCUAAAGCAGGGCUUAACAAGAGUAUUUCUAAUUCGAUCGUUGCUCUUUUCCGCAAAAAACAGGCUUCCAAGCCUGAUGCGAAGAUUCGAAGAGAACCAUCGGUAACUGGAGCGGUCUUACAAGAAAUAGAAGAGGAGGAAGAGGAGGAAGAGGAAGAGGAAGAAGAAGAGGUCGCUUUGGAGAGACGUCUGAACCACACGGAGGAUAGGUCAAAGUCCCCUACCUCGGUUCACCAUCAAGUUAGACAGACGACAGCUAUUCGGCAAUCACGUAUCGUUCGUCGCUCGGCUUCGUUCGCAGGCUUGGACAACGGCAAGAGGGGAUCUGUGAUGGAAGCAGUGUCCCAACUUCGUCAAGCGUGGAACGAGAUGGAUGACUUUAUGCCGGACUUUGAUGAGAGGUCAGACGAUGAGGAUUGGUGA